AUGGCCCCAAUCAUGGACGACAACCCCUCCUCCACCAACCCCAACCACCCUGAAUCCUCAGAAUCUGAGUACGAUGGAUCAUUCAUGUCGACACCCGUCGAAGCAGACACGGAUUCGUCCGACGAUAAGAAGCUGACCAUCAGCAAGGUCGUCGUGGUGGAAGUUUCCCCAUCGCCGGACACCGAUAACGCCACUCAAACCAUUAACCCACCCACAAGCAGGCCACUGUUGGACAUAUCAGACCCAGAAUCUGUUAUCAAGGCCGCCAAACUGAUUGCGACCUUUGCGAAUGAGAUCGAGAGACUGGGCGGUGUCAAGUUUCUGGAGGAUCUCGAGAAGAUCAGAAACAAUCAAACACCACCGAAAUCAAACACAGACCCACCAAGUACCUCCAUAUCUGCCGAUCCAGAGAAUCCAAAGCCCGAGGAAGCCAGUGGAAGCCAAUAUGGCACCUCCCAAGCCCAGGAGACCAAGGAAGCCCACACCAGCACAGCCACGGGUGAGACCGUUGCCAUCAAGGACCACGACGUUCCCGCAAAGGCAGAAGAAGUCACUGCCAAGGAUCAGGCGGUUCAAGCAGCGCCUCCUGAGAAGGAGAAAUCCUCCCCAGAAGAAUCCCCGGCGAAGGAUGAUGACACAGAAGGUGCCAGGGAGUCUUCCAAGGAAGACCCUCCUAAGGACGCUUCUCUAGACACCACGACAGAGAAGAAAGAUCAGGAAUCCUCCGUAGAAGAUGGCAAAGAGGAUGGCAAGGAAGAUGUAACUCCGGAGGGCAUAGAAAAGAAGGACGAACCCCAGAAGGAUGAAAGCCCAAAGGAGGAAUCUAAGGCGGAGUCCACUGAUGAUGAUCCCAAAGAGACUGAUAGUGAAGUCAAGGAGGAAGGGACUAAGGAGGAGGAGGGGGAGGCGAAGGAGAGCGACGUUAAGGAUGAGGCCAAGGAAGGAGAGACCAAAGAGGGCGAGGCAAAGGAAGAGACGACAGAUGAGAACAAGCCAGAGGAAGCCAAGGAGGAGGCUAAGGAGGAGGCCAAGGAGGAAACCCCAGAAGAAGUCAGGCAAGAACCCCCACCAGCGCCGGCGCCCGCUCCGUUACCUUUGCCCGAUCCUCCACACGACCCUUUCAAAGGUGUCAGAGCCGACCCCACCGAAACAGAAGAGAUACCCUUGGAUGCCAACGGAAAACCAAAGCCGAGCGCCAGCCGGCCGGGUAUGCCCAUUCUUCCCGCCCUUGGUCGGAGAUGGGUGGCUAAGGAAUCUGACGGCGUCGAAUUGUUGGCCCCUGAAAAGGAAUGGGAGCGCCGCAAAAAGGAACUGGGCGAGAAGAGCUUAGCAAUUGACCAGCUCAUGGCCAUGGUUGGUCUUGAACAAGUCAAGUCAGAAUUUCUUGCCGUCAAGUCUACCAUUGAUGCGGCAAAGAACAGAAGAGGGAUGCUUCGAAGACAAGAGUUCAAUCUUGCGCUGAUCGGCAAUCCGGGAACGGGCAAGAAGACGCUGACGACUAUCUACAGGACUUUGCUCAAGGAAUGCGCCGCAUGGUCUUCUGUCAACAGCCCGCACAAUGAAAAGCGGUCCGGAUUUGACUUUCAGGCGGACAAGGAUAUUGAAGGUUUCCAUCUGGUGCUAAACAACUACGGCGAGAACUCCAAGGUCUUUGUCUUUAUCGACUCCAUCGAGGGGAUGACGGGUUCCCUCAGGGCAGACCUCUUGUACACACUGGACCGUCAUGCCGAGCGUCUUCGGCUGGUGGUUGUCAUUGCUGGUACCGAGACGGCGAUGAACAAGCUUUUGGCUUCGCGACCGAGCGGAAGAUGGCAGUUUCCUCGACGGUUGACGAUUAAGGAUUACGAUGACGAACAACUGCGUCUGAUCUUUCUCCAGAUGGUCCGACACAAUGGGUUCACCAUCGAAGGGGGGGAGACUGGGCCGUAUCCUCGUAUUGUGGCCAAACGGGUUGCUCGGAACCGAGAGUCUGGUGGUUUCGCCAACGCCUAUGAUCUCGUGCUGGCUUGGGAGAAAAUACUGGACCGACAGGCGGCAAGGCUUGACCUGGAGCACGCGGCGUGGAAGGCUGCCGAGGACAAGCGAGCCGAAGAGUGGGAGGCGGCGCUGGAAAAGAAGCGUGCUAACCUGAGAGAGCUGCUCAAGGAGAAUCAGUCUCUGCAGGCAACUGAGGAGUGGUUGACAGAAGAGCUAGAGGUCGCGACUCAAAAGCUGGAAAAAAAGCAGCAAGAGCGAGAGCACUUGAAAGAGAAGGCGCUCUCCUCGAGCGAGUCAUCAGUCACCGAGCCCAAGGAUGUCGAGAAGCCUGAGGAAGCCGUCAAGACCGAAGCGGUUGCUCAGCCUACAGAAGUUCUCAAGACUGAAGAGCCUGCCCAGACCGAGGCCGUGGAAAAGGCUGUCGAACCUGAGACCGAGGCUGUGGAGGUUGAGGGAGAAGGUCUUAGGACUGUGGAAGAAGGCGUCAAACCUGUGGAAGAAGAUGUCAAGCCUGUGAAAGAAGACGUCAAGCGCGAUCAGGGAGGUGUCAAACCUGAGUCUGAAGCUGUGAAAGUCGGGGAAGAAGGCGCCGACACCAACCAAGGAGGUGUCAAACCCACAGGAGAAGAUGUCGAACCUGAGAAGGAAGGCGUCAAAUCCGCGAAGGAAAAGGUUGAUCCGGAGAAAGAAGAAGUCAAAUCUGCAGAAGAAGAGGCUACACCCAAGCAGGAAGCUGCAAAUUCCGAACCAGAAGACGUUGGAAAGGAUGCCAAAGUUGACAAAGAAGAUCCCAAGGAGAAACAACGCGUGCUGAGCCCAGAAGAGGUUGAGAUUGCCGCUAAGAUCGAGGAGCUUAAGAAGGCAAUCGAGGAGGGCGAGGAGAUGUUGUCUAGCCUGGUUGAGUACAAGAACUGCAGGGGCCAGGAGAUCACCGCUCGUUUGAUUAAGUUGUUGAAGUACAAAAAGCUCCCAAUGCCCGUUUCAGUGGACGACAAAACUUCUGUUCCGAAGGAGCCGUCGGAGAAGUCCGAGAUGUCGACGGAUAAUGAUUCGAAGGACGAGAGAACCAAGGUUCAGAAGGCGGACCCAAGCUCUGCCGAAGGCAAGACCAAGCCUAAUUUUGAUGAGAAGAAUUUGGAGCUUGAGAAGGAUAGGGACAAGAAAGAUGGGGGACUCGAGAAAGAUGGGGGACUCGAGAAAAACGAGGAGCCCAACAAAGACGAGGAUGCCAGCAAGAACGAGGAUGCCAGCAAAGACGAGGAGCCCGAGAAGGAAGUCGAGCCUAGCAGGGACAUGGAGUCUACUAAGGAUGCCGAGUCUUCUACCAAGGACAUCAAGACUAGCCAGGACGAGAAGCCAGCCAGAGAAGAGGAGGCAACUGACGGCGAGACUACGGCCGAGGAUGAAGCCAAGGCACGACAACUCACCGAGCAAGACACGGAGGCCGACACCGACGGCCAGUCAGACAAGAAAUCAACAGAGGGCGGGACCAAGGCCGAAGAUGAAAAGAGCGCUUCCACUGAUGAGAGUGAUGAGAGUGAUGAAGUGGACCUCUCGUUUCUGUCGCAGGGUCCAGCGCCAAAGCCCAACACCCGACUUCUCACCAAGGAAGACAUCAUCGGACCGGAGCCCGAGGAUAUUCGGGACAAGAGCAAGGCUUGGAAAGAGCUCGAAAAAAUGGCCGGCCUCGAGAGCGUCAAGAAAGCGAUUGACGAGCUGCUCGACAGGGCCAGAGCCAAUUAUCGUCGCGAAGUCCUCGGCAAGGAACCACUCAAGACCUCCUUGAACCAAGUCUUUUUAGGUCCUCCCGGUACUGGCAAGACCACCGUAGCCAAGCUUUACGGCCAAAUUCUGGCCGAGAUUGGGCUUUUGUCCACGAAAGAGGUGGUAUUCAAGACACCAGCGGAUUUCAUUGGGCAGUACAUCGGUGAAUCCGAGGUCAAGACCGCCCAUAUACUCGACUCAACGAUUGGAAAGGUGCUUAUCAUCGACGAUGCCCACAUGUUCUAUCACGGUGGUCGUCCGGGCACGACGCACGAGUCGGAUGAGUUUCGUCUUAGCUGUAUCGAUGUCAUGAUCUCCAAGAUUCACAACCAGCCAGGCGAAGAUCGAUGUGUUUUGCUUCUCGGUUAUCCUGACAUGAUGGAGGAGAUGUUCCAAAAGUGCAACCCUGGCUUGCGGCGACGAUUUCCCCUGGAGGAGGCCUUCCGGUUCCAGAGCUACGAUGACAAGACGCUGAAUGAGAUUCUACGGUUGAAAAUGGCCAAGGAGGAGAUCACGGCUAAUGAGGGAGCCAUGGAAGUGGCAGCUGAAGUUCUCCGGAGAGCGAGGGACCGUCCUAAUUUUGGCAAUGGUGGUGAUGUUGACAACCUGCUGAACCAAGCCAAGACUCGAUAUCGCGCCAGGACCAAGGCGAAGGCGGAAACGGAAGCCGAAGGUGUAGAGAAACAAUGCACGGAAAAGCCAGUCGAGCUGCCCCCGGUCACUCGGGUCGACAUCGAAGAAGCUGUGGCUGGAGAACAACUAGCCCAAGCCCAGGUCGACCUGCCGACUGCCGUCAAAACCAAGGCAGCCGAACCUCCAACAGAUAGCACUCAGCCCGAGAAAGAAGAGCUCGAGUCACCUCCACCAACGGAAACAACCGAGAAACCCACAGACAAUGCUGACAUUCUCACUCACUCGGAAGCCAGCAUCGUCCUCACUCGCGAGGAUUUUGACCCAGACUGGAACCGCGGCGCCACUGCCUCCUCGAAAUGUAAAUCCCUCUUCUCCUCCCUCAUCGGCUUCGAGUCCAUCAUAUCCAAAUUCGAAGGCUAUCAACGCCUGGCAGCAAACAUGCGCCGCCGUGGCAAAGACCCGCGCGAAAUCGUCCCCUUCACCUUCAUCUUCAAAGGACCCCCCGGCACCGGCAAAACCCACACCGCACGCAUCAUCGGCCAAAUCUUUUACGACAUGGGCUUCUUGUCCACCAACGAAGUGAUUGAAUGCUCUGCCAGCAACCUCAUAGGCCAAUACAUGGGCCACACCUCGCCAAAAGUGAUCAACCUAUUUGAGAAAGCCCUCGGAAAAGUCCUCUUCAUCGACGAAGCCUACCGUCUCGGGGGGGGCAACCGCGCCACGGGGCAUGCUUCUUACGAAGAGGAGGCAAUUGGAGAACUAGUCGAUUGCAUGACCAAGCCACGGUACCUCCGCAAAAUGGUUAUUGUUCUGGCGGGUUACGACAAGGACAUGGAUAACCUCAUGAAGGUCAACGCGGGACUGAGGGGGAGGUUUGCGACAGAAAUCAACUUUCCCACCAUGACGGCUUCCAAGGCGAAGCAGCAUUUAGAGAAUUUGUUGCUCAAGGAGGAUAUUGAGCUACGGGAUGAGUUUGAUCCUGGGGAGGAGGAGAGGGAGAAGGUGUUGAGGUAUUUGCAUCAGCUGGGGAAGACGGCCGGGUGGGCGAAUGCGAGGGAUGUGAAGAGUUUGGCGGCGGCAGUGACGGGGCAGGUUUAUAGGGAUGUGGAUUUGGAUGAGCUUGAGAGGGAGGAGAACGAGGAGGAGGUGGUCAAGAGGAAGCUGUUGAGGGUUAGUACGAAGGAGUUGAAUGGGCAUUUGAGGGAGAUGUUGAAGCAGAGAAUGAGGAGCGGGGGGCUGGCUUGA